UGGCUGCGCCCAUGCUGGAACCUGGAGGGAAAACUGGUUUGAAAUGAAAUGUGCUAACAUAAUGAUAAUGGCGGCGCCGGCCGCGGAGGACAGGACUUUGUCACUGGCAAUUUAUGUGAUGACCAUGAUUUUAGGCUUGCCAGCCAACAUUCUGGUAUUUUACAUUUUUUUCAAGAGGGCUCGGAUCCGGCUGACCCCAAACCUCAUCUAUAUGAUAAAUCUUUGUUUGUCUGACCUGGUGUUUAUAAUGUUUUUACCUAUAAAAAUAACAGAGACUUUCCUAAGUGACUGGACCCUGCCGGAAAUCUUAUGUCCCCUGUAUAACUUAAUUCACUUUGGUACCAUAUACGCCAGCGUGUUAUUCCUGACUGCCGUGAGUGUUGGCCGGUACCUGAGUGUGGCUUUCCCAAUCAAAUACAGGAUUUACAAGAAGCCAAAAUACUCCUUUCUGAUCUGUGUUGUUCUCUGGAUGAUUGUGCUUGGCCACGUGGCUUUCGUCUUUGUCUUAGAGACCUCUCAAAACGGCUAUCUUCAAACUUUUCUGGUCCAAGAUGGCCAAAAAGUAGUAUGCUAUGAAAACUUCACGGACAAACAGUUGACUUGGGUAGCACCAGCCAGACUUGAGAUGUCCAUAGUCCUAUUUUUCUUGCCUUUGGCGAUCACCGUCUUUUGCUACACGCGUUGUAUCCAGAUCCUAAUGAGGUGCUGCAUGCAUGUAAAGCACAAGAAGAGGGCCAUUCGCGUUGCAAUCACAACGUUGACAGUUUUCAUUGUUUGUUUCGCUCCUUAUAACAUUUCACAUGUCGUGGGCUUUGUAAAAAAUGAGCACGUGUCAUGGCGCAAAGUGGCACUAUUGCCUAGUACUUGCAAUGCUUUCCUAGACCCUCUCAUCUUCUACUGCUUGUCUUCAUCUGUAGAUCAGGGGUUCUACAAAGCCUGGAAGUCACUGCAGAAAACAUACAGCAUGUCCAAGAGGAAACUUUCAUCCGUGUUCAUGAAGGAGCCUCCAGACAAGUCAAAGGCACCGGGUAUAAAAACAAUUUCAGCAUCUUUAGACGCAGACUAA